AUGGUCCUUGUAAUCAAAACAACAAUGAAUCCAACAACACUAGCAACAGGGGACACCAAUCUCUUCUUCCCUCUCCUUCUACUACUACUUCUCUCUCUCAUCACUUUCAAGCUUUUUUCAACCAAAAGAUCAUCACUCCCACCCGGCCCAUUUUCAUGGCCAAUCGUCGGCAACCUCUUCCAAAUCGGAAAGAACCCCCAUAUCAAUCUCGCCAAACUAGCUCAAACCCACGGUCCUCUAAUGUCUCUCAGGUUUGGUUCACGACUCGUCAUUGUCGGGUCAUCACGUGAGGUGGCCGCCGAGAUUCUCAAAACCCAUGAUCGCCUACUUUCCGGCCGAUGUAUACCAGACCCGCUUAAGGUCAAUGACUCAAAGCUACACAAUUUGGGUAUUGGUUUUUUCGAUGAGUGCGAUAAUAACUGGAAGAAUGUAAAGUCCAUGUAUAAGGGUGUGCUUUUCUCGGCCAAAGCCAUGGAUUCGCAGGUGAGUUUAAGAGAGAAGAAAGUGAUGGAGAUGGUGAGAUAUUUGGCUACAAAGGAAGGUCAAGUUGUGAAUCUGAAAGAGAUAGUGUUUACUACUGCUUUCAAUAUUUUGAGUAAUAUAUUAUUAUCUGUGGAUUUGACAGACUUUGAGGAGAGUGAGGGAGAGGAAGAGGGGUUGAAGGUCUGGUUGAGAAAAUUUGUGGAGGUCGCUGGUACACCACAACUGGCAGAUUUGUAUCCAGUGUUUGCUGGAUGGGAUUUACAGGGAAUGUAUAAGAGGAUGAUGAAACUGUUUGAUAAAAUAUGUGAUUCUUGGAUAAACAUUGUCAAACAAAAGAGAAAGAGAGGAAUUCAGAUUCUGGGUCAAGGAGAUUUCACCGAUGCUUUGAUCGAAAAAGGGUUUUCCGACGACCAGAUCAACGCCAUAUUUAUGGUCUCCCUCUACCUCUCUCCUGUUUAUCCAUAUAUAAAUGCAUGCAUUUACUCGUAUAGUGGUAUAUGUAAAUAA